AUGCCACCAGCGACCGAAAUGCAGGAGAUGGAGAUGGAGAUGGUGCAGGGAAUGUACGACACGUACGAGCGUCUCUCGGACGACCCGCCGUCGUACUGCGUCUCCUUAGCUGCCACGCAGGAUGAGCCGCCACAGCUGAAGGUGAUCAUCACCUACCCCACCGAGGAGUACCCGGAAUCGGCACCGUGCGUUGUCGCGGUAGAGUGCAUCUCCAAGGCACGCCGCAUCCAGGUCGGCGCCAUCACCAAGCAAAUCGCCUGCACAUGCGAGGAGAACAUCGGCAUGCACAGCGUUGUGCUGGUGCUGCAGCAGGUGCAGGAGUUUCUGUCGCGCGCUGUCGAGGAAGAGGAGAAGGCGGACCUGCUGCGCCGCGGUGAGGUGAUGGCGGCUGAGGCGGCAAAGCGCACCGGUGCAGCGGAGGAGGACCCGACAAUCCGAGUCGGCACCGCCGUCACGCGGGAGCUCUUCGAGGAGUGGAGCCGCAAGCACAACGCUGAGAAGGCCAAGGAAGGGGCGGAGCGCGAGAAGAAAGAGGUGAAGGUGUCCGCCUCCAAGCUGUCGGGCCGGCAGCUCUGGGAUAAUAGUCUGAAGUCCGCGGACUGGGCGCUGUUUGGAGGCGAGACCGAAGAAGACGGCGUCGAGAACGUGGACUUUGGCUCCAUGAAGGAUCUUGACGAGGAUGAGUUUGAUCUCGAGUAA